GCUUCCUAGACAGGUAUCCCGCGGUAGAAGACGAUAGUGGGUACACAAGUAGUGAUGCUAGUGCCACAAUGCCAUCAUUGAUGUCGAGUAGUGGCAGCGAAGAGGAAGAGACGCCGAGACCGAACGAUCAGCACGACCGAUGGAAUCAGCAAAAGGAAUCUGAAGGGAACAAUGGACGCUUCAGGCUCAAUAGAAUCAGUAUGGCUAGACAGCUCGAACGUUUCAGGCUUCCUAGACAGGUAUCUAACUUUACUGUGGCUCCAAGAACGGAGGCAAACAAUGACACUACGACCAAACCCAAGAAGCCCACGACCGAACCCAAGAAGCAAUCGAAUCAGGAACAGACAUCUGAAGUAUAA